CUACAGUUCGAACAAGCCUACGUGCGCUGCGCGCUUCCAAUGCCGCGCCCGCCGCUUGCUCGAGCUCGACGGGAUGCCGCGUCCAAGCCCGCCGCUCUCCGAGUCCCUCUUCAACUCCCUCAUCGCCUCCCGCUCCCGCACCGGUCGCGUUGUCGACGCCCUCUCGCUCCUCACGCGCAUGCUUGCUGCCGGCGUCGCCCCGACCGCGUUCACCUUCUCACCGAUCCUCGCCUCGCCUUCCGCCACCGCCUGCUGUGCCGCGCAGCUGCACCCGCACAUUCUCAAGAGGGGCCUGCUCCACUGCGAGCCCUACUCGGGGACCUCGCUAGUGGGGUUCUUCGGGCGAAGCGGGCGCUUCGACGAGGCGCUCAAGGUGUUCGGUGAAAUGACCGUAAGGAGCGUUGUCACCUGGAAUUGUCUCAUCUAUUCGUUUGUGCAGUUUGGACACAGCCGCGCUGCAGUGUCCUGGUUCAGGGAGCUCGUGAGAAGUGGCGAUGGCUUGUCAGAUGGCUCGUUUGUUGCCAUAUUGCCUUCGUUUGGGUUGCCAGAGCAAGUUCAUGGUGUAAUGAACAAAAUUGGAAUGGGUUCCCUCUCAGCAGUUGCAAAUGCAUUGCUGAAUUCAUACUGUACUUGUGGUGCAAUAGAUGUGGCAGAGAAGCUAUUCAAUGAGAUAAUGUUUAGAGAUGUGGUUUGUUGGAAUACAAUGAUAACUGGUUUUGCAAGGAGUCAUGUCCCAGAGAGAGCUUUUGAGCUUUUCUUGAGUAUGCAACGUCAGGGCAUUUUUCCAAAUGAAAUUACAUUUGCCAGUGUUCUGUAUGCUUGCACCGUUAUAGAUGGACACAAACAUGGGAGAUUUGUUCAUGCGAAAAUUAUCAAGCACAAUCUCAGCACAAGUGUGUCCGUGAACACUUCAUUGGUUGGUUUCUAUGCAAAUUGUAGUAGGGGUGAUGCUCAUAAAGUGCUUGAAGGGGUUCAUGGAAAUAGCACCACGUGUUGGAAUGCUCUGAUUUCUGGUCACUCUGAUUGUGAUGAUCCAACUUAUUUGGUUAUUGUGAGACACAUGCUGCAAUCAGGGAUUAAACCAAAUGAAGUUACUUUGUCAUCUCUCAAGGAUCCAUCACUAUUGGAUCUCCAGCAGGUUCACUCAUUGGUCAUAAGAUUGGGUCAUGGUGGUAAUGACUAUGUUUCAAGUGCUAUCAUAUCAUCGUAUGCUUCACAUGGCAUUAUUUUUGAUGCCUUAUCUUAUGGAGCUGCACUGGAUCCAGACUCAUGUAGUGUUUCUAUGAAUGUUUUAGCUGGUGUCUGUAACAAAGCUCACAUGUACCAAGAAACUAAGGACCUACUUCUACAUAAGCGAGAUCGAGAUACUAUUUCAUGGAGCAUACUCAUUACUGCUUGCGCACGGAAUGGUGAUUUCAUUGAAGCUUUUGGAUUUUUCAGGCAGAUGAGGAUCUUUGGGCACCGUUUUGAUAGUUAUGUAUGUGUGAGCUUGCUGGGCAUUUGUACCAAAAACAAUAGCCUUUAUCUUGGUAAGUUGAUUCAUGGACUUUUCAUCAAGACCAAUUCCAGUUGCUCUGACAGUUAUGUUGAUAAUAUGUUGCUAGAUAUGUAUGCUAAAUGUGGUAGAAUUGAAGACUGUCUCAGAGUCUUUGAGGAAAUGGAAGACAGGAACCUUAUAUCAUGGACAACUGUGAUUUCAGGACUUGGACUUAAUGGUUUUUCUCGUAAGGCCUUGGCAUUGUUUAAAGCCAUGGAAAAGGAUGGCUGCAAACCUGACAAAGUAGCAAUUCUAGCAGUCCUGUCAUCUUGUAGACAUGGUAGGCUUGUGCAGGAGGGGAUGAAGAUAUUCAAAAAUUUGAAAGCUGAUUAUUCAAUUGAAGCUGAUAUGGAGCAUUACAUUUGUGUGGUGGACAUGCUAUGCAAGUGUGGUUAUUUGAAGGAAGCUGAGGUCGUGAUUAGAGGCAUGCCUUUCCAACCAAGCACUGCCAUAUGUCGCACAUUCCUCCAAGGAUGCAAGACAUAUGGUGUUACAGAGGCACAAGUUUUUAGCCAGCCGUGGAUCAAAUAGAAUUCCUGUUGCAUGGAGGGUUAAACAAGGAUAAGGAAAAGGUGAGAAGGAUGGCUGCUAUUUCGGUGACCUGGGAACAUAGUCCUCAAGAUUCAGCCAUUUACGUCUCAAUGACAAUGCUCCUCUGGGCACCUGAAUCUGAUACUUUUAGUUUCUGAAAGUUACAAGGGAAGGGAAUUGUGCAUGUCCAAGGAACUGUACGAUUACUUAUAUUCAAGUAAUCUAUGGAAUGUGAAGAACUGAAGAACCAUGCCAUGGCUUAAAUUGUAGUGAGUGUGAAGUAUCUACUAUUAUAUUCAGUUCCAUUUAUUUAUUGAAAAACCUCAGUUCCAUCAGUAAGGGUGCCAAAAGGAGGGUAAAAGGAAAACGCUGAUUGUUUUGGAUUUGCCAAGGUGCACCUCAGCUGUGUACAGCCGAUAGAGAGGUUGAAGCAACUGGAAUGGGUUCAUAUGAGGAGGUCAGCCGGUCGUUGCAAGUUAGGAUGUGGCUAAUCGGUUGCAAAGACGAUAAAGCACAAGUCUAGUACAGACACACCUACUGACACCCUGAGGUACCUGGGGCUUUUGACGAAGCAUGCACAUUGGCAAGUCAAUCGAGCAAUAACGGUCACUAGGACACAGGUCCUGUUUGGAACGGCUGAAACUAUUAUGAAAAAGCUGGCUUGCGUCUGGCUGUCCUGAAAAACUGUUAUCUGGAGAAGCACCUGUCUGAACGAGCUAGGUAUUUAACAGUCUGAUUUUUUGAUGGGUUGAAGAGAUGCUAAAGAUGUGUAUCGAAGCCGAAGCCGGAGCCUCCUUCACCCGAGCCGGAGCUGCAAAUCGUGGUCCCGCCUCAUAUAUGGAAAAGAACUCUGGCUUCUCCAAGUAAACAAAAGCACUUCUCCUUGACUCCUUGCAUGGUCGUUCGGUGUGGCUCCUCCGGCUUUGCCGCUUUGGUAUCGAAGCUGCCGACGGAGACGGAGCCGGAGUGCCACCAAACAGGCCCCAAGUCUUGAUGUAAAUUGUGCAACGUCUAGAAUUGAAAAUGCUAUACAUCUGGCCAGUGCAUCCGACUCCCGUCCGACUGCCAGUUGCAUCUUUAUUUUGCUACUGCACUUCUGCGCCACUUGAUAUUCUCGGUCGAACGAGAGUCGGACGGCUGGGUCGUACGUAUAGCAAGGUUCGUCUAGAAUAUCCUCGAGUGUUACGAAAGCAGCCCAAGUAACUAGUAAUAGAUUGUUCAUGUUUGUAAACUAUGAAAUGAAAAAAAAAACAACUAUUGACAUAUAUUUAGAUAUAUGUAUUUAUAUGCUGUAUUCCAUUAGUACAUUCUUGCGGACACAAUAAAAUGACAAAAGAUCUUGGUCCUAUCAUGUGGCCUCC